AUGUCCCAUGUCUACUGCAAGUUCUUCAGGCUGAACUAUGCUACAGUCACCUUCAGCAGCCUCUAUAUCUCCCUGCAUAAUCUCAAGAGCCAGAUCAUGGGCCAUGAGAAGCUGAAGGUGACCAGCUGUGCCCUGCAGGUCACUAAUGCCCAGAGAAGAACUGUAGCCAUAAUCAACCGUAUCAUUACCAGCCUGGUGAUCCUAGGGAUGAUGAUACUGUUCUCUAUGGGGGCACUGUAUGUGUACAGUUACACUGCAGGUCCUAGUGGUACAACUCCUAAAGUGAAUGGAACGGUCCAUGUUGGGCAAGAUGCUGUUCUACUCACUGCCACUCCCUGUCCCCAGAAUGAGGGCUGCCCAAGAGCUAAGCAGCUCAGCAGUGACCCUGAGAAGAAAGGCCUGGGCAUUCGAGGAGUGUCCCACGAGCCAGUGGUGUGUGCUCAAAGUUCUAAGGCCAGUUGCAAAUAG